AUGGAGAAUCCAAUUAAUAGUUUGAAAGCUCUAGUGCCUGUGGAAGAAUUAGCAGAAGAGAUAUUGAGAGAUAAAUCAGAAGUGGUGGCUAUUGAUCGAAGAAGAAAUGAGAAUAGGGAAGGCAUCAGAGCGUUGUUGAAGAUGAAAGAAGAAAAAGUUUGGAUGGCUGUCGGUCCGUUACUGGUUAGAUUACCCAAAGAGAAAGCGAAGACUAUGCUCAAUGAAGAUCAGAAUGUUCUUGAUGUUGAAGUGAAUAAAAUAAGAAGUGAACUUAAAGUGAAAGUUAAUAAACUGAGGGACUUAGAAUUUGAAGAGCCAGUUCCUGGACUUCACUUAAAACCUCUUACUAAAGAUGAAUUUGCUGCAGUUGGGCAAGUUUUAGGGUACCAUGCAUGA